AUGAACGUAUCAUAUUCAUCGUCAAAUGUGGUUGGCUAUGCAAGUCACCUAGCUACACUUGAUGUGAAAUUGCCAUUAAAGUACCCAGAAGCAGCAGCAGCAGCAGCAGCAGCAGCAACAACAUCAUCAUCCACCAUCAACCCCAAUGAUCAAUUUCAUCUGAGCCUUGCAGUAACUGGUCAAUUACUUAAACUUGAGUCUACUUCACUAAUUCCGCUUGUAUCAUGUUCGAUCUUGAACGAUUUGAAAACAAUUGUUUUAACUCCAAUUGAACGCAAGUCAAAUAGUUUAGGUUUGAAACUUCAAAACAUCAAGAUCCACUUGCCUCAUAAAGUCUCAUCAACCAGCUGUUUUGAUAUUCGUAACAAUGGUGAGCAUGUUUACAUCAAUAUCAUUGAUUCUAAUUACCUACUUGUAUCUUUAAAGAUACCGAUUGAGACAUUUGUUACCGGAAAGACCUUGUCUUUAUUUGAAUUUGAAGAAUGGGGACAUAUUUCUGUUCCUUAUUCAUUUGAGAUGAGAUCAAAUCCGUACCUCGUGAAGUCAAUUGAUGAGUUCAAUGUGCUAGUUUCGUUGAAAGAUGGUGGCUUGCUUCAUUUUCAAAAGCAACAUCCCUUGUCUCCAGUGGAAAUCUAUACUUUUAAUGAGCCAGUUUCAUAUUUUGGAGGGUUUUUUAGGAAUAAAAAGGCAAAUCUAGAUGUGGGUGGAGUAUCAGCAAACUCUGUAGUGGAUUUGAUUAAAAUUGAUGAUUAUUUAAUCACCCUUACAACAAGCAGAGAUUUGAAAUUAUGGAGUUUAACAAAGCAUCAACACAUUUCAUCCACAUCGUUGUACAACAAGCUGGAUGAGGAUAUUCGGCUAACCACAGUGCCUUCGAAGUACCUUCAAGUGGUGGAUAUUGAAGGCGAGAACUACAUCGCGUUAUUCAACCCAACAAAUAGUAGCCACAAAAAGAGCCGAUUUGGAUUCAGGACAUGGCAAAUAAAGGAGGAGCUGUCUUUGAUUGAAGUGUCUAAAUUGGAAUUCCAGCCUGAAUUGCCAAAUACAUUGUUAUCAUCAUCGGAUAUUUUUUAUCACGAGUCAACUUUUCAAAAUACUAUAUGGUUUAUUCAAGAUUUUGAAAUUCAAUACCAAGACAAUGGCCAAUUAACCCAUCAUAUUUUGUGGAAAUCUAACACCUCGUCCAUUUUAGUCACAUAUACGAUCAAUUUCGACAACGGAGCAAUAUCAUCGAUUGAAUUGUCUCUGCCACCAACCCACAAUGAAGAAGAAGAGGUUUCGAUCCAUUUUGACUCGGAGUACUAUCGUCGAAAGAUUUUUGAUUCAGGAAGAUUUGAUAACUUGAUUGUUGGCACUUCGUUAUCCAUAUUGCGCCAACACUUGAAAUCGCAACAGGACGAAUUAGACGAUAGAGAUUUGCGCAAAUUGGCAAUCAAGGUAGUAGAGUUUAACUCUACUGCUGAAUCUUCGAAACAUAUUUGGUUUAAACUUUAUUCCUUAUGCGAGGAGUUUAAAAAGAGCAGCCAAGAAGCAUUGGCUUUAGUAUCAUUUGAUAAACACUUGAUCACGGUGCAAGCAAAUGGUUACGGGUUAUUCAGACCGUCCCAUUAUUUUGAAUUGUUAAUUUGCAAAAAUAUUCAGAGUCCCGAGGGGAGAUUAAUGCAAUUGUUUAAUAGAUUCCGCACUACAUUGUCGGCAAAGACAUAUCACAAGUUGAACGAGUCGGUUCUAUCACGUGGUGACCACCAAUUCGAUGCUAGUGCAGUUGACGAAAUUUUCCAAACACAUCUUAAUGAGAAAUUGCCUCAACAAGAGAUUCAAUCGGCCAUGUCUCAUUUGGCAAGUAUACCUAAUGUAUUACAAAUUAUUCAAUCUUUAGUUGCUGAUUCUGAUUAUCAAUUGAUUGAAGUUGUUGACCAAGUGGGGGAGUUGGGUGAGUUUUUCAAAUUGUCAACCUUUGCCACUUUUAAGAAUAUAAUGCAACAGCAUAGCACACUAUUGACAGAUUUAUUAGUGUUGCUUUUGGUUUGUGAAGUCAAUGAUGAAAUAUUAUACUUACUCAAUCAGGUGAUGCGUGGAUUGCAACAGUACAAUUUGACAGAAAUUAUAUUUGAAACGUGUUUUGAGUCCAGUAAUUGCAAGUCACUGCUUGAGUCUAAUGGUUUGGGUAAUGUCGAUUAUUCAUUAUUUUGGUCGGCGAUAGUCAAAAAAGACACCACCUUGAAACAAUUAUUUGACAAUUUAAGAAUCAACGAUGCGUAUGAUUACUUUCACAAUGAUGUAUUGACAAAGAGAGAUUCCAUUGUAAAUUCCGUCAUUGAGUUGAUCAACCACCAUCAUCAAGGUUCAUAUUUGAAAAAGUAUUUUUUAACCAAAUUGAAUCAAGAUGAUGUCGAUGAACUAUUCCUUGUGGGCAUUAUCCAUUUGAUCAAUAAUGAAGCAACUUUAUUCUAUGAUACGUUUGCUUCAUUUGACAAGUUUGAAAAUUUAAAUGUUGCCAAGUUGAACGCAUUGAAACAAGAAGAAAAUUUACGUCAUUUCUUGACUUGCUUCUAUACUACGCCUACCAAAAAUGAUUAUUAUCAUGGUUUAUCAGAAUUGACAAUGUCACAAGCUAUAGCUGGGAAAUCUACCGAUGUCAUAAGGAAACAAUUAACUGAGGUGGCGUUGAAAUUUGAUAAAUUGGCCAUUGAAAACACCAAAGAGGAGCCAUCGAAAGUUGAAUCGUUAUACUUGAAUGUAUUUGAUUUAGCAUUAUCUAUUUCCGAUUAUAAUUCAGUUGGCCAAUCAUUACAACACUUGGCUUCAAAUAGUCAGUUACCAACAUUGUUGACCCGGUAUAUUGAAAAAUUAAUAUCGGAACUGAAAAUCAAGCUAAUCUUCCCGCCCAAUAGUAACAGCCAAGUCUAUCGUACUCAUUUCAAACUAAUUGAUUCAAUUUUGGUUAAAAUAGCCCAAACGGCGCCGUUAAUGUCAUCGUUGAAAAUUUACCAAAUUUGUUCCUCAUGGAGAUUAUUUGGGUGUUGUACUUCUAAAACUGAAUUGGGAGACCAACGUGGUUCAUGUGAAGCAUUGUAUCAAUUCAUUCAACGAUAUAAAAAUGAAAUUAAAACUAUUGACAAGACGAGUAAAUUUCAAGUUUUACAAAUGUAUUUACUCAUAUUGAAUAAUUUGAAAACAUUUGCUGAUGUUGAUGAUCAAUGGUUUUUCAAUAGUGCACCGUUUCCUGAUACAGGUUCGUCUUCACUGAUUGUAACUGCUAGUCGGAUCCAGAUUGAGUAUUUGGAGUGGAUGAAGAAUUUAGAAACCGAUUUGUCUACAUUAGAAUAA